AUGUCGUGGUUGGACGAGCAAUUAAGUUGGAAUCCUCGUGAUUAUGGUGGAAUCGACACCAUCUCCCUGCCAGAAGGACAAUACUGGACCCCAGAUCUGGAGAAGCCAUUUCAUGGAGCGUGCGGGGAUCGUGCUCAAGAUGAACUUUUUAAGAUCGAGAACGUUACAUUGACAUCUGAAGGGAAAAUUUUGCUAUCUGUGUAUAAACAGUUAGGAGCGCUAUGUAUUGUUGACAUGACAUAUUAUCCAUUUGAUAAACACACAUGUAUACACCAGUUUUAUUCGACCAAGUAUGCACACAAUGAGCUGGCAGUUAAUUUUUUGAAUGAAAUCAUCAUAGGAGAAAUUUACAAGGAAAAUCAAGAGUGGAAAGUGUCCAAAACAGAAUCGUAUGUUGUCAAUCUUACGUUAGAUCGAAUGUCUGUAGCGUACGCUUCGAAUCACAUAACAAUAGAGAGACGACCCAGUUUUAUACUAAUAAGUAAGUUUCUGCCAGCAGUUUUACUCAUGAUUUUGCAUCUUUCUGUUCCUCUAGUUCCUCCUGAUUCGGAAAGAUUAUCUUUUGCCACAACAACAUAUCUUGCAUUAUUGUUUAUAAAUAUAUCUUUUAUUUCUGACAUGCCGCGGAAUUCGAUAAAAAUCAUCAUGCUGUCUUACUUUUUGUUGGCUUCAAAUGCCAUUGCCACACUAGAAGUGAUUUGGAGUAUAUUCAUUGUCUGUUUAUCCAACACACCAACAAGUAAACGAAAAGUACCAAAAUUUCUACUCGGUCUGUUAGAGGUCAAAGACAAGGAAGUAACUCCGUUAAAAGAUGAGGAGAACGAUAUGGAUAAACCCGCGAAAACUGCAGACAAAUUGAAAGACAUUGGAUGGUAUGAGGUAUCAAGGUACCUGGACAAAGUGUACUUCAUAGUUUCUUUAUUUCUUGUGACCAUUAUGUUUGCAGUAAUGGUUUACAUUUUUAACGACAUGAAGUAA